AUGACAGAGAUGGAGUGGGAAUUGAACCAGCAACCCACCAAUUCCAGGGCAAACUCCUACCACCAUCACUACUGCAAGGAAAUCUGGUGUUUCUUUGCUAAUCGUCUCAUUUCAGUUCAGGCAGCAGAACUGGCUGCUGUUAAAGUCAAGGCUAAAAACCAACUGGAGGAUCUGAAGAGAGAAGGAGAAGCUCAUGCAGCAGAACUGGCUGCUGUUAAAGUCAAGGCCAACAUCAUUGGAAACCAAGUGGAGGCUCUGAAGACAGAAGGAGAAGUCAAACAUCUGGCUUUCUCUGCCUCUUUAUUGGCAUCGGGUCAAGGACACACUGGACCGUUCAACACCGAGAUAACUCUGAUCUUCAAACAUGUUGUUACUAAUAUUGGAAAUGCCUACAACCGAGAAACAGGGCUGUUCACUGCACCAGUAAGAGGAGUGUAUCACUUUGAGUUCCACAUAUUUGGACAUGGUUCUAAUAAUCCUACAUCUGCUGAGUUGGUCAAGAAUGGAGAGAAAGUCUUCAUGUCAUGGACAUCUCAGCCUGCUGGUGGUCAGAAAGCUUCUAAUGGCGUCUCACUGCUGUUAGAAAUUGGAGAUGUUGUAUUUAUGCGCAUGUGGGCCAAUUCACGGAUUUAUGACAAUCAAUCUCAUCAUACUACCUUCAGUGGUCAUCUGCUUUUCACCAUGUAGGCACAUGGGUGGAAAUCCUGGGUAUUGGUGGUGGGAUCCAGACCCCCAAUCUUG